UGCCAUCGUCAAGCCACAUCACUCCACAUCACUCCGCAUCAUGAAAACCACAAAAUGCAAGAAUAAUGCAGCCUGUAUAGCAAAUAUAUAAAAGCAACGGUAUCGUAACCCAGAGAGGAAGCACCAUCAAUUCAGCACAGGCGCUCUUUCGUACACUUUCUAAAUCUCACCACGACAUAUCCCCUAACACUGUCGCCACCAUGGGCUCAAACGACAGUACUGAACAACUUUUCCACAUCAUUUUAACAACCAGUCACCUUCAAAAAAAUCCAAACAACGUUGUCGAAAAGGUCCGAAUCCCUGCCACCUACACAAAUCUCCAGGCAGCCAAAGCCGCCGCAUACCGCUGUCUGUUUGACGCGGGCUACGAAAAGGAGUGGUUCACCACGUACGAGACCAAGCCGGAGAUAUUUGAGAACAGAGAUCUUCCCGAGCGAUCUGGAUUAGCCGUCUUUGCUGUUGCGCCCGAUCGAACAGAAUUUCGGGUUCAUAUCAUCACAACCCCAAAGGACGAUAAGCUCAUCGGCGAGGUCAUUGAGGGCCAUAUCACCAGGCCAUUGUACUACGUAGUACAAGCCAAUGUCGAGUACAGCGCCGAGGAGGGCAGCAGAGUGCGCGAUAUCGACAUCGAGGGAGUCUUCCUGACGUACCAGGAGGCAAGAGACGUGGCUAGCCGGGUGUUGCUGUCGAAGGAAGAUGCAGUCACCAAGGAGAGCUUUGCCGAGUACAGUGAAGCAGCACCUACAGAGAAGGACUGUGGAUAUGGAGAGAAUGUGGUUGUCCGAGCUGUGUCGGAGCAUGGGACAAACAUUUUGAUUUCGGUCAUCAAGAAUCAGGAACUGGAGGCCGUACAUCUGGCGGAGGCCGCCAUGAAGAUAUUGUGAUGAUCUGCUAGUCUCGUUGGGGCGAGCGUUCUAUAUCUGUUUAACCAUAUUGCUUAAAGAUGUCUAAUCACGAUUCGAAGGCAUCCAUCAAUGUUUAUAAUGCAUGCUAGUCCUCCUUCUCAGAUUCUCUCGGAAAUCCCAAACCAGCCAGAGCUUUCGUCGGUCCGACCUGUUUCCAGCGAUCCAACUCGGCUUCGCUCUUUAGACAGACAGAGCCCAUCAUUCCAGCCGCAUUGGCAGUGAUGUCCUCAAAGUUGUUACUGCGCCGGGGGAUGACAAUGAUCCACUCUCGGACCAACGCGACGUUAUGUGGAAAGUACCCUUCAUUGUUUGCGUCGAGUGAGUCUCCAGGCCUUUCUUUCGCCUCUGCCAAUA